AAUUGAGCCGUGAGUGAUAGUUGAGGGACAAUUUUUGGCUAUUCCGCCUAAAUAAAAUGAUUCAUGUUUGUAUGCUGUAGCUAAGCUAUCCACUCUUUUGUAAGUUCGCAGCUCUUCUAAAUUCUAACCAUUAGAGUUCAAAAGUAUUUUCAUUCUUUUGAAAAUAAAAAAGUUUCUUUUAAAAAUAUCUUUCUAUACCCGGAACAAAAUAUUUUUAAAAAGAAAGAUUUUUUGAAAACUUGGUGAGCGUUGCAACCUAGCACCAAAAGCUUUCAUCAAAAUCAAUGAAAACUUCAGAUUUAUCGAAGAAAAUUUCAAAUUGAUAUGGAAAAACAUUCUACAGAAUAGCAGAGAACUUUCUACUGCUCCGGAUCUAUGGUUAAGGGCACCCACCGGGGCAAAGUGAAGGAUGGUGCCGGUGCUGCUGACUCCGGCAGCGGUGUGGUGGCAGAGGCAUCCACCAGCAGCGCUGCUUUGGCUGAAACCUCAAGAACAGCAGCGGCGCGACGACAGCCUCUGCGCGGUGUGGUGAGGAAAGGGCGUCAAUCUCCUUCUGCUUUGUCUGUCGCUGUGUUUCUAUCGAAGAAGGGGAAACUUGUGCGAAAAAAGGCAGGCCCAUCGAGCUCUCGGAGAGUUCGCAACGCAAGCGGACAUAAUAGGCUGGGGAGCGUGUUAGCGGAUCCAUGUGUACAACCACACAGAUUUACACUAGCAGAGUUGAGAGAGAUCACACAUGAUUUCUCUGAUGAGCAACUACUUGGCGAAGGUGCUUUCGGUAAGGUGUAUAAGGGAGUCCUACAAAAUGGGGAUACAAUUGCUGUGAAGAGGCUGAAGUUGACAAUGGCAGUAAUUCAGGAUAAGCAAUACGAGAAUGAAGCCCGCCAUCUGAUGAGGCUUAAACACCCAAAUAUAGUGCAACUUGUAGGCUACUGUUCUGAAACAGAGAAGAAACUUGUGCCAUACAACGGGAUAUUCGUUUAUGCUGAGGAGUUUGAAAGGUUGCUUUGCUUGGAGUACCUGCCUAAAGGAAACCUUCGUAGGCAUCUUUCAGAUGAAUAUUCUGGACUUGACUGGAGCACCCGCUACAAAAUUAUUGAGGGUAUUUGCUAUGGUUUACAUUAUCUUCAUGAGGAGUGGCAAGUUACCCCUAUAAUUCACAUGGACCUGAAACCUGCAAACAUAAUGCUUGAUGGCAAUAUGGUGCCAAAAAUUGCAGAUUUCGGUUUGUCCAGGCUCUUCGGUGAAGAGCAAACUCGAACAUGUACUAGAAGUUGUAAUGGAACACCGGGUUACAUGGCUCCAGAAUACAUAGACAAGGGUAUAAUCUCGAAAAAGUUAGACAUAUUCAGUUUGGGGGUGAUAAUCAUAGAAAUAAUGACGGGGCACAAGGAGUACCCUGAUGAGACCGAAACAUCAUCCCAGCAAUAUAUUGAGCUUGUGCUUAACAAAUGGAGACAUAGGCCCAGAAAAGCACCAGGGUAUACAUCUGGAGAUAUCGAUUACCAGCAAAUAAAAAGGUGCAUUCAGAUUGGUCUACUCUGUGUGAAAUUUGAUCAGGUGAAAAGGCCAACAAUACGCCAAAUUAUCAAGAUGCUUGAUGGAACAGAAGGUGCAGAAGCAGAAUGCUUCGACGAAAGAAAGGAUGACAUGGAUCCUAGGGACAACUUGGGGCGCUGCAUGGAUGCUAGUAAAGGGUUUGGUUUUUCUGACGUUGCAAAAGCACGUGCGAGAUCUGAGGUUGCAAAAGCACGUGCGAGUUAUACCAAAGUUGUUUGUUGCGACUUCUCAUCUGAUGGCAAACUGCUUGCUACAGGUGGUCAUGAUAAAAAGGUUGUUUUGUGGGGUACAGAGCCCCUAAGGCCUAAAUCUGUGCUGGAAGAGCACUCGUUUCUGAUCACUGAUGUUAGAUUUAGCCCAAGCAUGUCACGCCUUGCUACAUCCUCCUUUGACAAAACUGUCCGGGUUUGGGAUGCUGAUAAUACUGACUAUUCGCUCCGGACUUUCACGGGACAUUCAGCAUCUGUUAUGUCACUUGACUUUCAUCCAAAUAAAGAAGAUAUGAUAUGCUCCUGUGAUAGUGAUGGGGAAGUACGCAGCUGGAGCAUAAAUAAUGGUAGCUGUCUUACCUGUGUUAAGGUGUUUAAGGGAGGUGCUACUCAGAUGAGAUUUCAACCUUGCAAGGGAAAAUAUCUAGCAGUUGCCUCGGAUAAGACUAUCUACAUACUUGAUGGGGUGACACAACAUGCUUGUAGAAAUCCCUUGCAGGGGCACAACAAGCUUAUUCAAUCGCUUUGUUGGGAUUCUGCUGGUGACUAUCUGGCUUCUGUCACUGAAGACUCGGCUAGAAUAUGGUCAUUCACUUCUGGACAUGAUGGUGAAUUUGUGCAUGAGUUGAAUUGUAGCAGGAACAAAUUCUACUCGUGUGUUUUCCACCCAACUUAUCUAUCUUUGCUUGUAAUUGGUUGUUACGAGUCUUUGGAACUUUGGGACAUAAGGGAGAAGAACACCAUGACCUUCAACAAUGCACAUGAGGGUACGAUUUCAGCCCUAGCAGCAUCCAGCGCAACAGGGAAGGUUGCCUCAGUAAGCCAUGAUAGAUUUGUUAAGCUCUGGAAAUGACUUGUAUAAUGGCAACCGGUGUUGCCUAUGUCGCCUUCUACGUUCUGGUUGUUAGAUGAUAGCGAAACAAGAACGGUUUUCUGCCUCAGAUGACCACAUGACCCAAAAGGGUAGGUAACACGAUCUCUUGAGCCACUUGGGCUCAAGAACUAACAGUGUUUUGUUUUGUGGUUGUCGCUGUAUGCAGUUCGAUAUGCUUCUGAAGCCUGUAGUUGUUAACUUUUAACUCAUAGAAACGUUUGUUGAGGACUUCAAAUUUGUACCCAGUUCAAGUUCCAAACAAUUUUUUUAUCUGCCUUGUUAUGCGGAUGUACCAUUGUAGUGCA